AUGAAUUUCCACAUCGAAGGCAACCAAUUUUUCAGAGAGGGUGAUUAUCUUUCAGCAUGGAAUUGUUACACAAAAGGUCUUGCACAAACGCCCCAAAAUCCAGUGUUAUGGUCUAAUAGAUCUCUUACAGACAUGAAGCUUAAUGUUUUUGAACUUGGUUACAUUGAUGCUUUAAAAGCUUACAACCUACUCAAAGAUCAACAUACAAAUGAUCAAAACUUGCAGUUACUUUUUAUAAAAACGAUUGAUCGUAUGUCAGAGUCACUUUCAAAAUUUGGUGUUUUCCCACGUGCUAUUACUAUUUUAGAUUCUUUUUUAGACAAUCCUUUAUACAAUAAUAUUCUUUCAAUGCAACUUCGUCAACAACUGCUAAGAAAAAAAGAUGACUAUCAAAUUCAGUUAAAUUCAAAGCUAGCACUCAAUACAAUGUUUAUUUUUGAAUCUUUAAAUCAUGUUCCAAAUACUAAUGAAAUCAUUAAAAGAAUCAUGGAUAUGGGAAUGACAAAUUUUAAUUAUCCGUGGGAUAGAGAGAGAUUGGAAAGCCGUGGAAAUGAAUUGAAUAUUGGAAAGUUACAACGAGAAUUAGACAUUAUUUCUUCUAAAAGUGUAACCAUCUCACUAUUAAAUCCGAAUAAACAGAAUACAAGUUGUGAAACAUUUACAACCCAAUUGGGAAUAUUUGCAAAAGAAGAAAUUUCAGAAGGAACAGUGGCUUUGAAUGAAGAUCCCUUUCUUACUGUUCAUGGCUACACAUCACCAAGAUGUAGCCAUUGUGCACGUUAUCUUAAAGAUUCAAAUUUCAAAGAUUUUAAAAUCGACCAAGAUAAUAAUUUAUCAACAUUGAAUUGCCAAAACAACAAAAAUUGCACUGAAAUAUUUUGUAAUAAACAAUGUUUCGAUCUAGCGAUGACACAAUAUCAUCCGGCACUUUGUGGAAAGAACCUUCAACCAUUUUUACAUAUUCUACAUCAACAUAAAUCAGGAAAAGGGGAUUCUAAUCCAUUAUUUUUAUUAAAAAUCUUUGCAUAUGCAAAAAUGAGGAAUAUCUCACCACUUGAUAUUCAAGAAAUUAAGUACCUUGCACAAUACAGACCAUCAUCAAUUGGAAUAACUAAUGAUAAAAAAAUGGAAGCAUAUUUACCAUCAAUAUAUUUUGAUUUUUAUUUUUCAACGCUAGAAUUACUUGAAAUAUCGCCAUAUGAUAUACAAUAUGAUUUUUGGAUUUACAUUACUAUAAUGUGUAAACUUCAAGUUAAUUCAUUUGGACGAGAUGGAUUGGCAUGUCUUUAUAAGUUCAUGUCAUUUAUAAAUCAUUCAUGUGUGCCGAACGCAUAUACAGAUCCAUAUGUUUCUAUGCAAUAUACUGGAGGAAAAGAUGAAUCAAGUGAUGAAGAAAUUAAAGAAAAUAAUAUAAAUUUAGUAUCUUUAAGAAAAAUUCAAAAAGGCGAACAGAUCUUUAUUAGUUAUUGUAAUGAAACAUUAAAUAAAGAGGACAGAGCAAUACAUUUAAUUCCUGCUUAUGGAUUUGAAUGUACAUGUGAGAAGUGUAGAAAUGAAGAUCCACAAGAUUUAUGUCAUGUGUAUUUGCUUCCUAUUUGGUGGUUAGAUUGUUUUCGAGAAUAA